AUGACAGAAAACCAGACAGUCGUCUUAGAGCUCAUCCUCCUCGGGUUUCCUGUUGGCCUGAAGACUCAGCUGCUCAUCUUUGGGCUCUUCUCCCUGUUCUAUGCCUUCACCCUCCUGGGAAAUGGGGCUAUCGUGGGGCUCAUCUGUCUGGACCCCCAACUGCAUUCCCCCAUGUACUUCUUCCUCUCCCAUCUGGCCAUUGUGGACAUAUCCUAUGCCUCCAACAAUGUCCCUAAGAUGCUGGCAAACCUUGUGAACAAGAAAAAAACCAUCUUCUUUGCCCCAUGCAUAAUGCAGACAUUUUUAUACAUGGCUUUUGCUCACACUGAGUGCCUACUGUUGGUAGUGAUGUCCUAUGACAGGUACGUGGCCAUCUGCCACCCCCUACAUUACACCGUCAUCAUGAGCUGGAGGAUAUGCACUGUCCUGGCCAUCACUUCCUGGGUGUGUGGCUCUCUUCUGGCCCUGGUCCAUGUGGUCCUCCUCCUGAGAUUGCCCUUCUGUGGACCUCAUGUAGUCAACCACUUCUUCUGUGAACUCCUGUCUGUCCUCAAGCUGGCCUGUGCUGACACCUGGCUCAACCAAGUGGUCAUCUUUGCAGCUUCUGUGUUUAUCUUAGUGGGGCCCCUCUGCCUGGUGCUGCUCUCCUACACCCGCAUCCUCUUUGCCAUCCUGAGGAUCCAGUCUGGGGAGGGACGCAGAAAGGCCUUCUCUACCUGCUCCUCCCACCUCUGUGUGGUCGGGCUCUUCUUUGGCAGUGCCAUUGUCAUGUACAUGGCCCCCAAAUCAAGCCACCCUGAGGAGCGGCAGAAGGUCCUUUCCUUAUUCUACAGUCUUUUCAACCCUAUGCUGAACCCCCUGAUCUACAGCCUGAGGAACGCAGAGGUGAAGGGGGCCCUGCGGAGAGCACUGUGCAAGGAGAGGCCAAGGUGA